AUGCUCAAAUGGGCAUAUGAUAAAGGUAUAGAAUGGCAGAUGACAGUCGGGUACAACAGCAAGCAAAACAGACAUGUGGAAAGAAUGAAUAGAAGUCUAGGAGAAAAGAUGAGAAUGUUGCUCAUGCAGAGGAGACUACCGAGAAACUUCUGGCUGUAUGCGAUCUGGGCUGCAGCAUUCAAAAUGAAUCUCACACCUAAUGUUGAUGGUGAAUUCCCAUAUCAAGUUAUGUUUGGGAAGCCACCAGAACGGCUUAUAAAGCUCUUACGAGUCUUUGGAUGUUUGGCAUGGGUUAACAUUCCCAAGGUUAAAAGAGACAACAAAAGGACUAUAUGGACUAAAACAAUCAGGCAGAGAAUGGAACUUGGAACUGGAUUCACAUUUGCAAAGGAUGGGUUUCUAUUGCAUGCCGAGUGUGCCUUGUCUGUACUCGAGAGGGACCAGGGGCAGUCUAACUAUUAUUACAACAUAUGUGGAUGA